AUGCAGGAACUGUUCUCGGAGUUCGCACGCGAGGAGUUUCCGGAGCUGGUUUCGCGCUUGGAGUCGUUUGAUGAGCACAUUCUGUCGAUUUCUCUUUCAUGGUUUAUGCAUUGGUUCAUUCACACGCUGCCGAUGAUGACGGUGGUGCGCGUCUGGGAUGUGAUUUUCAUCGAGGGAGACAAGGCGCUGAUGCGUUUGGCGCUGGCUUUGGUUGCGAUCAACCAAGAGAAUCUAAUUAAUGAAAUCUGUUUGAGUUUUGAACAAACAAGAACCAGCCACAUCACAUCACGUUAA